AUGGCUUCAUCGUUUCCCCAGUUUGGACUACUGCCCCUAGAGUUGCAGCGGGAGAUCUGGCAGGCGGCGCUCCAGGUCGAGGCACCCGGCCUCUGCAUCACCUUUGGCGGCCUGCCCAACCACCGACCGCGCCCGGCCGACGUGGACCUGCACUGCUUGAUGCACGUGUCGCGUGAAUCCCGCGCCAUGGCGAUGAAGCACUUUCGUUAUCAUCUGCGCCGAGACGCUGGCGACCACGGCGGCAGUAGUAAUGAUGAUGGUGGUGAUGGGGUUCUCAUCGGUGCUUCGCGCGCAUUUCGACCCGACUUGGACGUGCUCUUUAUCCCGACAGAUCGAUACGAUGGUUUCUUUGACUGGCACUUUCUCGACUCCUGGCCCGAGUCGCUUCAGCCACAUCAUCUGGCACUCGAUGGCCACGAGGCCCAGCUGUCGCGCGGCGGCGUUGGGCGGCAGGUCGCAACCCUCGUUGCAUCCGGGCGUCUACCUGACUUGAAGAGCGUUUCUCUCAUCUUUUCUGCGGAGCCGGCUCCGGUGCCCGUCUACAGCUCGAUGCGAGCCUACAAGCUCGACGACCUCGGCCAAGAUGACUAUGUUUGGUGUGCCUUGCCUGACGGUUGCAAAUACGAGGCGACGGACCCGUUUCUUAUUGCUGACUGGUGGAAGGCUUCGAUACUAGAAGCUGCCGGAGACAGCGAUAUGCGACACCUCCAAGUCAUCCCAAGACGGAUCAACCCGAGAAGAUAUGUAGAUCCACCGUCCAAGGGUUGGUUAUAUUCGACAUUUGGCAUUCCUGCACGCCUGCGCCAGAUGCUCCCAUGA